UGAAAUUAACCGCGACAAAAACCAGUCACCAUUUAAACUUUUGUCAAAUAUAUUCAUCCUCGCCACUUCUCCAUUUUAGCGGGAAUCUCUCCCUCUCUCUCUCUUCUUCUUCUUCUUCAUCCAUGAAGCUCUCCUGGAAAGCCCCUCUCUCUCUCUCUCUUCUUCUUCCAUGAAGCUCUCCUCGAAAGCCCUAAUUCUCACUGGUCUCUGAUGCAUACUGUCUCUCAUCUCUAUUCUCUCUCAAACAUGUUCGCUUUUCGUCGAAUUUUCCUUAAAAAUCACCAAGCCCUAACGCUAAACAAAAUUCCCUUCCGAAACCCCAGAUUUCUAUGCUCUAAUUUUCCCCAAGAGUUGCAGAGAUGCUAUUCUCGAACCUCCUUUUCCAUUGAAAAAGCUUCCUCUAGCUCAAAUGAUGAACGGUCAGAUGAAGAGACCGAAAACCCUACGGUUUUAGACAAAUCGACAACGAGGAAUGCGUGUUUCUCCCUGAAAAAGAAAGUGGGCAAGAAUGCUAGUCAAUAUAUUUGUGAGGAAUGUGGAGAUACAUAUGGUCAAUGGUGGGGGACGUGUCAAUCAUGCAAGAAAGUUGGCACGAUCAAGCAUUUAUCGGAGUUGGAUCAUAAUUCUGCUAAAACAUUUGGGCUCGAAGCUUCAGGAAAUGCUCUUAGAUCGUGGUUUAGCAGUGGGACUGUUAAUUUAGUGCCCCAGAAAUUGGUGGAUGUUAAGAAAGGGCUUAGCAGGCGGCGAUGGCGGAUUCCUCUGCCUGGACUUUUUGGAAUGGAGGUAGCACGGGUGUUAGGAGGGGGUCUUGUUCCGGGCUCCUUGGUUUUGAUUGGUGGUGAUCCUGGAAUUGGCAAAAGUACACUUCUGUUACAGAUGGCUGCGAUGAUUGCGGAAGGAGGCGGUAUAAAUGACCCAGCUCCGGUUCUCUAUGUUUCUGGUGAAGAGAGUGUUGACCAAAUUGGGAGCAGAGCUGAUCGAUUGAGGAUCAACACGGAGGACCUCUUCCUAUACUCAAGUACAGAUGUUGAGGAUAUUCUCAACACAGUCCAAGCUCUUUCUCCUCGUGCUUUGAUUGUAGACUCUAUACAAACCAUGUAUUUGAGGGAAGUUACUGGUAGUGCAGGGAACAUAAGCCAGGUGAAGGAGUGUACAUCAGCUUUAUUGCGCUUUGCUAAACAAACAAGUAUUCCAGUUCUUUUGAUUGGGCAUGUGACAAAAACUGGAGAUAUAGCUGGACCUCGCGUUUUGGAGCAUAUUGUAGACACUGUUUUGUAUAUGGAAGGGGAGAGAUUAUUGACUCAUCGUUUGUUACGGUCUGUGAAGAACCGUUUUGGAUCCACUGAUGAGCUUGGCAUAUUUGAAAUGUUAGAUUGUGGUCUUCGACCAGUCACCAAUCCAAGUUUGUUCUUCUUAAGUGAGAAUAUUGGUGAUUCUGAUGUUUUAGCGGGGCUUGCAGUUACUGUGAUUGUUGAUGGUUCGCGGGCAUUUCUCAUUGAGAUUCAGGCAUUGUGCUGCCCUGGCUCCACAGCUGCAAAACAAAUAAACGGGGUCUCGGCUUCUAGAGCUGAAAUGAUUAUUUCUGUUUUGACAAAGCAAGCAGGUUUGAAACUACAAGAAAAUAGCAUUUUUCUCAAUGUAGUAAGUGGGUUGAAGUUGGAAGAGACAGCAGGAGAUCUUGCGGUAGCAGCUGCAAUUUGCAGCAGCUUUUUGGAGUUUCCCCUUCAAAACGAUAUAGCAUUUAUUGGAGAGGUUGGCCUUGGUGGCGAGCUUCGCACGGUGCCAAGGAUAGAAAAGCGGGUAAAUGAACUCUCCAAAUUGGGGUAUAAGAAAUGUGUUAUUCCUAAAUCAGCUGAGAAAUCUUUGGGUGGUCUGGAUCUCGAAGGACUAACUAUAUUGAGUUGCAGAAACCUUAAGGAGUUCAUCAAUAAAGUCUUCCGUAACAGCUGAAUGUUGCAGCUGUGUUCGCCCUGUUUGCUUCGUAUUUAUAAAGUUCUCUCUCUCUCUCUGCGCCAUAUGACAGCACAACACACAUUCUUCUCUGCAAUAUACACGUGCAUACAGCACAACACACUCUCUUUCACAUGCGUGUCCGACACUUGUAGGGGUGUGAAAAAUUGUUGUAGUAGUCAGUCCUUUGCCUUAAUUUUGUCCUUCCUUUUAUUUCCUUCAUCUUGUGGGUAUCGUUGUCUCUGUAACUUAGAGUUAUCUAGAGUGCCUGUUGUAAAUUUUGGGGACUGGGAAUCUGUUUGUUAUAGAAAUUGCGAAAAUAUAAUACAAAAAAUAGAUAAGAUUGUUUUGGAUGCC